AUGCUUGACUGCAAGCCUAUCUCAACUCCAAUAGAGAUUAAUGCAAAACUAUGUUCGGCAAUAGGCAAAAAGUUAGAAGACAAACCGAAAAAACCUCACCUAGAAGCUAUAAAGCGAAUAUUGAGGUAUUUCAAAAGAAGUAUUGAUUAUGUUAUCCUUUACCGUAAUGAUAGAAAAUUUGAAGUUACUGGAUAUUGUGAUGCUGAUUAUGCUGGAGAUCUUGAUAUACAUCGAUCGACUACUGGUUAUGUGUUCAACCUGGGUUCUGGAGCAGUUUCAUGGUGUAGUAAGAGACAACCAAUAGUGUCAUUGUCAAGUACAGAAGCAGAGUAUCGAACAUCAGCGAUGGCAACACAAGAAUGUGUAUGGCUCACCCAACUACUGAAGGAUUUGCAUCAGCUUGUUGACUAUGAUGUCAAGUUAAGUUGCGAUAAUCAAUCAGCUAUACGACUAGCUGAAAAUCUAGUGUUUCAUGCUAGGACUAAGCAUGUGGAGGGUCUUGAAGGACCAAAGUUUGAGAAGUUUCGUAAACAACUUGGUAUGACCUUAAGGCUUACUCUGAGGGAAAGUGGUUGUUGA